ACUUGCCACACCGACAGACUACUGUUCAAGCACAUCAAGUCGAUAUUGUAAACAGAAGGGCUGUAUAGAGUCAUGUUCGCUGUUUUUAUUACCAUCUUCGGUUUGUUAAUCGUUCAUGUAGCCAGUUAGCAGUAACGAUACCACUAUUCCUUCGCCUUUACUAGCAAAUGAACUCUGACACAAUUUCAGUAGUACCAGAAGGACGCAUUAACGUUGCUGUUAAUUUCAAGACAUAUAGAUUGAAUUUAUUCUGAGUAAAUAUCUUAUCAUCUGUAAAAUCGUUUAGCUGUCCAAUUAUUUGAGGCUAAACAUCAGAUUUGGCAUGGCAUUAGCAGGUGUGCGUGUGAUUGAGCUGGCAGGGUUGGCCCCUGCGCCUUUCUGUGGCAUGAUCUUGGCAGAUUUUGGGGCCAGGGUGAUUCGGGUGGACAAGACAAAGGUCGCCAUGGCCAUGGACACACAGGCCAGGGGCAAACAGUCGGUGGCGAUUAACCUGAAGCACCCACUCGGUGUGGCUGUACUCAAGAGGCUUUGUGUGCAGUCCGAUGUACUUAUUGAGCCUUUUCGUCAUGGGGUGAUGGAGAAGCUCGGCUUGGGUCCCGAGGAGCUGCUGAAGGAGAACCCGCGGCUCAUCUACGCCCGGCUCACCGGCUACGGACAGACGGGCUCUUAUGCCAAGGCCGCCGGACAUGACAUCAAUUACCUGGCCAUGUCAGGGCUCCUGUCCAUGUUGGGGCGCAGCCAAGAGAAGCCGUACGCCCCGCUCAACUUGGUGGCAGACUUCGCUGGUGGCGGGCUCACCUGUGCCCUGGGGAUCGUGCUGGCCCUGUUAGAAAGGAGCACGUCGGGCAAAGGCCAGGUGGUGGACGCCAGCAUGGUUGAAGGGGCAGCCUAUGUCGGUUCCUUCAUGUGGAAAUCCAGAAGCAUUGGCUUGUGGAACCGAGGCCGUGGCGAGAACCUUCUGGACAGCGGGGCUCCAUUCUACGAGACGUACCGCACCUCUGACGGAAAGCACAUGGCUGUGGGGGCCAUAGAACCACAGUUCUACGACCAGCUCAUUCAUGGCUUAGGAUUGGACGCGAGCGAUCUGCCAGCCCAGAUGAGCAUCUCCGAUUGGCCGGAGAUGAAGGAGACCUUUACCCGGGCGUUCGGCAGCAAGACGCAGGCCGAGUGGGGGCAGAUCUUCGACGGCACGGACGCCUGCGUGACCCCCGUGCUGUCGCUGGAUGACGUGAGCUCGCACCCCCACAACCAGCAGAGGGGUUCCUUCCUGCGGGACGCCCAGGGGGAGGAGAGCCCCCGGCCGGCUCCGCUCCUGACGCGCUCCCCGGCCCAGCCGUGCCUCGCCCGGGACCCCUUCAUCGGGGAGCACACGCGGCCCGUGCUGCACGACUUCGGCUUCGCCGCCGCGGAGAUCGAACAGAUGGAGGCGGCGGGCAUUGUGGAGUGCAAGGAAACCAAAGCGCGUCUGUAGGCUCUACGUCCACCUGUCUGAUCGAGCCCCCAUUAUUAAAGUCCACAGGAAAUGGCGGACAGAAAGAGUAAAUAUAUGUUGUAAUCUAAUGGUUGCCUUACGGCGCCUAAGUGCUGCUGAACCAGCGGGUGCUGCCAUUUAGCGCAGGAACUUCACUUACGCCUAAAAGGCUCUGAAUUGCCUGGAUGUGAAAUCCUGUCAGUCCUAUUUAAGGCCGUGCUGUGGUAAUUCUGUUCACAUAGGUGCCUGUCACAGAUGGUUAUGUAUUUCAUAAUUACAUAAAUAUUUUAUUUGUUAUGUGUGAUGUCUGAAUGAUAUGAAGCACUACAUCUUCUCAUUAGUUUGAUUGGUCCGUUGUUCAUUGAUUUUUGAACGGUCUGAUGACCCUGAAAUCUGUCCUUAAAUAAAAUGAUUCUCCUUAUCAGUACAUAAUAUCGUACAGGAUAUUUCAUGAAAGUAUAUAUAUAUAUCAUUACUUGGCAUUAACAGAUACAGAAUAUCUUGAAUGCUUAUUGAUAUUGAAAAGGUCUAUCUAAUGUACAGAGAUACAUUUUCAAAUGCUAUUUUCUCUAUUCAGAUAACAUUGUAGGAUUUUUGUUCUUGAUGAGAGAUUUUCCAUCUGAAAUGAUUAAAACCUCCUUUUUCACCCAA